AGAAUUGACAAAUCACUGGGGCAUCAAAAGAAGAACAUGCUUUCAUAUUGGCGUAACCUCAAAUUCGUUAGUCGCCAGUGUUUAGUGUUUAUUAAAUUAAAGCACAUUUUUAAAUUUAAUAUACAAAAUGAGGAGACUAUCAGAAGACAGAACAAAAGUUUUGUUUGAAAAACUAGCAAAAUACAUUGGCCCCAAUAUCAAGCAACUGAUAGAGAGACCAGAUGGUAUUUAUUGUUUUCGUGAGCAGAAAAACAGAGUUUACUAUGUAUCCGAAAACAUUCUUAAGUUUGCAAAUACCAUGCCGGCUGAUAACAUCAUUUCAUUAGGAACGUGUUUUGGGAAAUUUACCAAAACGGGAAAAUUCAAACUGCAUAUAACUGCCUUAAAUUAUAUAGCCCCUUAUGCACAGUGCAAAAUAUGGUUAAAAUCUUCUGCAGAACAGCAAUUUUUAUAUGGAAACAACGUGACCAAAGCCGGUUUAGGACGUAUAAGUGAAAACUGUGAAAAAUAUCAAGGAGCCUUGGUGUAUAGCAUGUCGGAUCUGCCUUUGGGAUUCGGGGUUGCAGCACGAUCAACAGCGGAAUGUAAAAUGGUAGAUCCAUUAACAGUGGUAUGUUUUCAUCAAUCGGAUAUUGGGGAAUAUAUUCGAUCUGAGGACGAUUUAUUGUAAGAACGUGUGAGAAUGGACAACUUUAAACUAAAAAAAAAAAAACUAUUUUUAUUUGUUCCCGCCACUAGUCUCCAGGCUUGCAGGGGAUAAUCCACCGUUUCCCUUCCCAAUGUUCCGAAAAAUGUAUUUCAUCUAUUUAUGCUUUCAUUUGUCCAUUUUUACAAAAAAAAUUUUUUACACAAAACUCUUCCACCUUUCUUCAUUUAAACUGCGACAUUGUUUUCAACGUUACGCAGUUGUUAAUCAAUCUAGGAGAGCUCUCAACGGAUCCCAAGCCAAUCAAAGGGUUUUUUUACGAUUAACUCUGGAACAUAUGUUUUUGGUUUUGCUCUAUUUACUGAUAUGGUCAUUAAUAUACCUCCUUAUGGUGUUAUUAGAUUA